UCACCGUGCACCCAGCCAACUCUAUUUUUUAAAAACUGUUUUAGAUUUAUAGAAAAAUUGCAGAGAUAAUCCAGAAUUUCCAAAUUAUCCCUACCAACCAUUGCAGUUAGUUGGGUGAUUAGCAUCUCACAUUAGUGUGAUAGGUUUGUAACAAUCCAGGGACUGAUAUUGAUACAUUAUCAUUAGCCAAAGUACAUAGUUUGUUCAGAUACAUUAGCUUUUACCUAAUGUCCUUUUUCUGUUCCAAGACUGCAUCUCGGGUCCCAGAUGACAUCUAGCUGUCGUGUCUCUGUAAGCUCCUCUUUGCUGUGAUGGCUUCUCAGAGUUUCCUUAGUUUUGAUAACUCUGACAGUCUUAAGAAAUAGUAGGUAUGUUGUGGGAUAUCCAUCCAUUGGAAUUUGUCUGUUUGGACAAUUGGAAUUCCUCUGUUGGAAUUUGGAUGCGUUUCUCGUGGUGAGACCGGGGCGCCGGCUUAGCGGGAGGAAGACCGCGGAGGCGCGGUACCCUCUUACUGAAUCACGCCAGGCGCACACCGUCGAUGUGGCCCGCGGCUGCUGGUGCUGGCUUGGCCACCCGGCUGAGGUGUGUUUCUUAGGCAUCUUCAUAGCAGUUCUUGGGUUUCCUUCCUCCGGUACUGUUGCCUGUGGGAGGAGGUCACUACAGCCAGCCACGCUUAAGGGCUGAGGAGUCACGCCCGCCUCCUUGAGGGAGGAGUGACUGCGUCACUGAUGUGACCGUCUUCUGCAGGGGGAUCUGUCUCUUCUCCUCAUUUAUCAGUUUAUGCAGCUGUUUACUUAUCCGUGUGGGUUCGUGGAUACUCAUUUAACCCGCUGGGUCUCUGCGGAAUGCCGUUAUUUUGUUUGCUCACUUGUUCCAGUGCUGGCUGUCGGGUUCCCUGGACGUACCCCUUCACGGGAGCCCGAGCGUCAUGUUAGGGUGAAGCAGAGGAGCUCAGUGCUGAACAUGCUAAGGAGGUUGGACAAAAUCAGGUUCAGAGGUCACAAGAGAGAUGACUUCCUCGAUCUAGCGGAGUCUCCCAAUGCCUCGGACACCGAAUGCAGCGACGAGAUCCCCCUGAAGGUGCCGCGGACCUCGCCCCGGGACAGCGAGGAGCUGAGGGACCCUGCUGGUCCAGGGACCCUCAUCAUGGCCACAGGAGUCCAGGACUUUAACCGGACAGAGUUUGAUCGACUGAAUGAGAUCAAAGGUCACCUGGAAAUUGCCUUAUUGGAAAAACACUUCUUACAGGAGGAGCUCCGGAAGCUGCGAGAAGAAACCAAUGCGGAGAUGCUGCGGCAGGAGCUGGACCGGGAGCGGCAGCGGCGGAUGGAGCUGGAGCAGAAGGUGCAGGAGGUGCUGAAGGCCAGAACCGAGGAGCAGACGGCUCAGCAGCCCCCAAAAGGGCAGGCCCAGGCCAGCAAUGGAGCAGAGCGCCGGAGCCAGGGGCUGUCCUCACGCCUGCAGAAGUGGUUCUACGAGCGGUUUGGGGAGUACGUGGAGGACUUCCGGUUCCAGCCCGAGGAGAACACUGUGGAGACGGAGGAACCCCUGAGCGCCCGCAGGUUAACUGAAAAUAUGAGACGGCUCAAGCGUGGUGCCAAGCCUGUCACUAACUUUGUGAAGAACCUCUCUGCCUUAUCCGACUGGUACUCCGUCUACACGUCUGCCAUCGCCUUCACCGUGUACAUGAAUGCCGUGUGGCAUGGCUGGGCCAUCCCGUUGUUCUUAUUUCUAGCAAUUCUGAGGUUAUCCCUCAAUUACCUCAUCGCCAGGGGCUGGCGGAUACAGUGGAGCAUCGUGCCGGAAGUGUCUGAGCCCAUGGAACCUCCAAAGGAAGACCUGACUGUGUCUGAGAAGUUCCAGCUGGUGCUGGACGUCGCUCAGAAAGCCCAGAACCUUUUCGGCAAGAUGGCUGACAUCCUGGAGAAGAUCAAGAACUUGUUCAUGUGGGUCCAGCCGGAGAUCACACAGAAGCUGUAUGUGGCGCUCUGGGCUGCCUUCCUGGCCUCCUGCUUCUUCCCCUACCGCCUGGUGGGGCUCACCGUGGGACUCUAUGCUGGUAUCAAGUUCUUCCUCAUCGAUUUCAUCUUUAAACGCUGCCCGAGGCUGCGUGCCAAGUACGACACGCCCUAUAUCAUCUGGAGGAGCCUCCCCACCGACCCGCAGCUCAAGGAGCGCUCCAGUGCUGCCGUCUCGCGCAGGCUGCAGACGACCUCAUCACGGAGCUAUGUGCCCAGCGCACCGGCCGGCCUGGGUAAAGAGGAGGACGCCGGCCGCUUCCACAGCACCAAGAAGGGCAAUUUCCACGAAAUCUUCAACCUGACAGAAAACGAGCGUCCGCUGGCAGUGUGCGAGAACGGCUGGCGCUGCUGCCUCAUCAACAGGGACCGGAAGAUGCCCACGGACUACAUCAGGAACGGGGUGCUCUACGUCACGGAGAAUUACUUGUGCUUCGAAAGCUCCAAAUCCGGGUCCUCAAAGAGGAACAAAGUCAUCAAGCUGGUGGACAUCACGGACAUCCAGAAGUACAAGGUCCUGUCUGUCCUCCCGGGCUCAGGCAUGGGGAUCGCCGUGUCAACGCCAUCCACUCAGAAACCGCUCGUGUUUGGUGCCAUGGUGCACAGGGAUGAGGCCUUCGAGACCAUUCUCAGCCAGUACAUCAAGAUCACCUCAGCGGCAGCGUCUGGCGGGGACAGCUAGUAUUGACUUGCCUGGGACGUUGCUGGAAUUUUUUUUUUUUUUUUUUUUUUUUAACAAUUUGGUAGUGGAAGCAAUUGGACAUCCUCAUGAGCUUUUGCAAUAAUUCUCCUGGACCUGCGGUUCUAUUGUGUUGGCCUCUGCGUUUUAUCGACCACGAAGGGGCCAGGGCUCACAGGGCUGGGGGCGCGUCUCUCCUGCAGGGCGCGGCAGGUGCCUCCGAGGGCCACCUGCAGACUGGGGGAGGGGAGAGGCCCUCGGGGGCCCGUAGAGAGGACGCACCGGACCCCUGUGCCAGCCUGGACAGAGAAACCUCUCCAGCCACCCCAGAGGCUCUCGCAACCUUGUGUCCCGCUCUGCAGAGGCCGGAAGCUCGUCCACCACCAAAGCCAUAGCUGAAGAGUGCGGGGUCCUUCCUCCAGGGGACAGAAAGAUGUCAUCAAGGAGGGACAUGGGGGCCUUUCACUAACCACCGAGAAGCAGGCCUGGCAGUCCUCCUUCCUCUUGCAUGAGGCCCUCUUGAGGCAUUUGUUCUUGGCGCCGGGCUGCAGCCGGGAGCCUGUCCCUGUCCCUGCCUGUGCUCCACGGGAGCAGGGAGGGUGAGAAGGGCCCACCCCGCACCUGCCCUCAGUGUCUUUGGUGGCGCCUUCCUUGCCGGCCUCCAGGGCGCUCAGCACCGCGUCUGUAAGGACCCGCCCGCAGCUCUCAGCCUGACACGCCAGCCAGGAGGUCUGUAGUCGGUGACCAGUAAGGGCACGGGAUGGUGCAGGUAAAAGCACAUCUUUCUCACACCUUGCUCUUUGGAAGGCCCAGGAGAACAUCUGUGUAGGCCGUUGGAGGUGCUCUGAGCACCGUGGCCUGUCUGGCACGUGGUCUCCAGGCUGCAGUUGCCCUCUGAGCACCGUGGCCUGUCUGGCACGUGGUCUCCAGGCUGCAGUUGCCUGGGUUGGUUGGGGAAGGGAGUGGCCAGGAGUGUUCCGGGUCCAUGGUGGCCCAGGCUGCAGCCGCCUUUGGGCCAUGCCAGAGGCUCUCUGGCAGCCCCUGUGCGUCAGGGAACAACCGUGAGCCGAGCCCAGAGGCUCGGGCCUGCACUGCCUGCAGCCGCCGUGUGACAGUGUUCCCUCCCCCACGUGCCCAGCAAGUGCCAGUCCGGGCACAGACCCUCCCAGCCCCUGCCCCGCCCCAGGGAAGCCUGGGCUUCCCGGGAACAAGGUGGCAUUUGUGGAGGGAGCGCCCGCAGGCCUGUUUGCUGGGGCCACCUGCACUGGCAAAGGGAGGGGAAGGCGGCCUGGGCGUCCUGGAAGGAGGUGGCCACCCCGCGGGCCUGAGCGUCUGCUGGGGCAGCUCCCUCAGCUCCCUCAGCCCCCUCAGCCUGUCCUGAGUCCCCUGGGUGUCGUUGAGAUUGUUGUUUUUUGAAGAAACAGAAGAUUAUAUUUUUUACAGAGAGCAAGCUGUUUUUCUUAUUUUUGUAUCAUUUUUCAGAUGUAAUUUUUACCUUUGCUCCGAUCCUCAUUUGCUGGUGUGGGUGAGGGAUCCGGUGGCACGGGCUGGUUUCACCCUCUUCACGAGGGGCCGCAGGGUCACACGCUGGUGCCGGGGGUGCUUUGGGGGGAGCCGCGCCGAUCACCAGAUUAAGCACAUGUCCCAUCCCGGGUGGUGGAGCGGAGCCCUCUUGGUUCUGGGCCGCAUGGACGUCGGCGGCAGGAUGACCGCGUGGCGGCCUUUCCCGAAUGGGGCAGAACCUGCUCUGAGCCGGGGGUCUGGCCCUGUGGGAGACCAGCUGUCUUGGUGCACCAGGGGCGGGGGACAUGCCCCAGUGAACCCCCCCUCGGCGCCUGGGGCAAGACAGGGUGGGCACCGACCCACCCCAGGGACGGCUGCAGAGGCCCUGCCCACAGACCAUGGUCACCCCUCUCUCCUCAGGGCCCGGCUGUCCCCAAGGGUGGGUCCGGGGCCUCGGGGCCAGUGAGCGCCUCUUCUCAGGUGCUGGGAUUCGGUCCCCAAACACAGCGGGAGGGGUCCCUGGGGCAGAUGAGGCUUCUUUACCAGAGUCGGGUGGUUUAGUUCGAGUCCCUUUUGUGGAGAAAGGGAGAUGAAAACUGACCACGUGCCAGGUGUGGCCGCAGCCCCCCAGGGAGGGCCGCGUUCGGGGAGCAGGGGGAGGGGGAGGGCCACCAGGUUGGCUCUGCUGCCAGCACAGUCCCUCCUGGAAGUCCUCGGGAGCGGGGCGCAGACCGGCACAGGCUCUGGGCUCCCCAUGGAGAGAAGCUGUAGUUUUUACCAAAUUGUGUACAUCUGGGCAGAUGUUUAAUUUCUAUGACUAAUCCCUGAACUAGAUGAAUGUUAAAUUUUUUAUGUCUGAAGCCUGAGUCUAUUUUGGGUCUGUAAAUAAUCAUUGCCAGUGUGACUUUUGUUCAACAAAAGGAUUGUACUGUAUUAAGAACUGAUGAAAAAAAAUUCUCCCGUAACAUUUUUUUAAGAAAACUUUGUUUGUUUAAAGAAAAAGUCUUGUAUAAAUUAUAAUUUUUAUUUAAAUAAACCUAAAAAUGCUUUGUGCUAAGG